AUGAAGAAAAGUUGUGUUCUUUUCGUCUUGGGCAUCACCUUGCUGAUUCUGAUUGGAGUUGAAGGAAUAGGAAUCAUUAAGAAUAGACGCUGUUUUUGCAUCAAUACCAGCCAGGAGAAGAUCUACCUGCAAUCCUUAAAAGACCUUAAACAGUUUUCUCCAAGCCCUUACUGUAUGAAAACUGAGAUCAUUGCCAUAAAGAAGAAUGGGGAACAAACAUGUCUAAACCCAGAUUCUACAGAUGUGAAGGAAUUGGUGAAAAAGUGGAAAAAACAGGUUGGUGAAAAGAAAGAGUUGAGAACAGCCAAGAAAGCUACUGACGUUCCUUUUAUAACUAAGUCCCUGAGGAUAGAGUAA